ACACGGACACGCCAGCGCGGCCAUGGCCACGGCCAACAACAGCAACGCCUCCGCGCCCUCCUUCGGCUACGAGUACUACCUGGACUACCUGGACCUGCUCCCCGUGGACGAGAAGCAGCUGAGAGCCCACAAGUACUCGGUGGUGAUCGCCUUCUGGGCAAGCUUGGCUGCCUUCGUGGUGCUCCUCUUCCUCGUCCUGCUCUCCAUGUCCCGCCGGGCUCCCGGGGCCAGGAGCAGUGCCCCGCGCCACCCUGCGUGCCCCUGCGGCCUCCACAUCACCUCCGCCAUCACUGCUGCACACGCAUUGACCCCGAGUCCCCGGCUGGGCCGUAGUGACGAGCCGAGCGCCGGGAGCCCUGUGGUGCGGGGUGCGGGGUGCGGGCACGCAGAGCUCUGA